AUGUUUGAUGCUUCACUGACGAAAGAGCACGACUUCCACCUCUUGAAUGGGAACAGAAUCAAAGCCCCUUUUAUGACUAGUCACAAAAAGCAAUAUAUAAGUGCCUAUGAUGGUUUCAAAGUAUUGCGCCUUCCUUAUUGCGAAGGCCAGGAAAAUGGUCGAUACUUUUGGAUGUAUUUCUUUCUCCCCGAUAAGAUGAAGGAGUUACAAGCAUUGGUGGAAAAAUUAGGCUCUGAACCUGAUUUCAUAGAUGGCCACCCUGCUCGUGAACUAGUUGAAGUUGGGGACUUCCGCAUUCCAAAGUUCAAGAUCUUAUUUGAUUUUGACGCUUCCAAACUUCUGAAAGAUUUGGGCCUAGUUUUGCCGUUUUCUCCUGGCGGAUUUACUAACAUGGUAGACUCUGGUGGUGAGGAUCUAGAGGUUGAGGCUAUCUUCCACCAAUCCUUCAUUGAGGUUAAUGAAGAAGAUGAGAUGAAAAAGCGAUUAAAGGAGAUGGAGGGUGAAGCUGCCGCUCUUUGCGAGAUGCAAGCUAUCUUUGAGGAGAUGGGCUGUGCUCAAGGUCAACUUCAUCUUUUUUUCCCAUGUUUGCUUGGGUUUCCUUCUUGGUUGCAGUCCUAG